AUGACCCAGAACAAGAUCUCCAUCAUGGGCAUUACAGACAUCAGGAAGAAAGGGACAGGCACAAAAGAGAUCCACUCUAACUUUGUCCUCAUUUGGAGUGGGGUAAGAAAAGAACAAAGAGCUGAACACGGUGUGAGUUUCAUCAUACACCCUGACAAAGCAAAGGAAAUAUUGAAUACGGACUUCGUUUCUGAAAGACUCAUCAAAAUCAGCAUUAGAGAGGGCAAAAAGACCACAAACUACAUUCAGGUGUAUGCACCGUGCAACGACUCCUACUCAGACGAAGAAAAGGACUCUUUCUUCGGACAACUCUCGGACUUAAUUAGCAACAUCCCAGACGAGGAAGACCUUUAUGUAAUGGGAGACUUCAAUGGAAGAGUCGGAGAGAGAAGAACACCGUGGACAAAACACCUUGGUCGACACAGUGACCACAGAACACCAUGCAAUUAUAACGGCAACCAUGUACUGGAACUGUGUGUAGAGCACGACUUAUUCAUCACCAACACCUUCUUCCAGCACAGAGCCUCUCAGAUCUACACCUGGUAUAGAUGGAACAACAUCAUGGUCUCAUCACAGAUCGACUUCAUAUUAACGAGAACACGAAUGCGGAUCACAAUCACAGACUCAAGAGCCAUCCCCAAUGCAGGCCUGGACACAGACCACAGGCCAGUCAUCACAACGUUGACCACCAAGAAAGAAAGAAAACCAAAAAAACAUAAAAGACAGCACGAGAGACUAAAUAUGCAUAAACUUGGAGAUGAUCAGGUGCAGGCUCAGAUCAGAAGCACGUUAAAUGAAAAACUAGGCUCUAUCAACUCUACAAUACUAACCGUAGAGGAAGCUUGGGAUACCUUCAAAACAACUCUCCUGGACACAAUGAAAGAAGUCUGUGGUACCAAGAAAACAAGAGGAAAACACAGAAAAGCAACAGCCUGGUGGAACGAAGAAGUUAAAGAUGCUAUCAAGGAAAAAAAGAGACUGUAUAAUGUAUGGAUCAGGUCAAAAAACGAAGAGGACUACAUUAAAUAUAGACUUGCAAGAAGACACAGUAAGAAAGUCGUUAUAACAUCAAAGAAAAGUCAUGGACCCAGUAUGGCGAAAAACUAA